AUGUUCGAACGCCUCGUCUCUUCUAUACUUACCAGGCUGCUGGGGGAGUAUGUGGAAGAUUCGACGUUCAACACCGAGAGCGUCAAGCUCGGAAUAUGGAGAGGCUACCUUGUGCUGGAGGAUAUGCACAUAAAGAAGACCCUGAUGGAUAUGCUGGAGCUCCCGCUGGCGCUCAGGCACGGCAUCAUAGGCCGGCUGCAGAUACAGAUCCCAUGGUCGACCCUGAACAAGGACCCUAUCCUCGUCGAUGUCGACCGGGUAUUCUUGGUCGUCGAGCCCAAGUUCGAGUGGGAUGCGGGAGCCGUGAAGCGGCGAGAGCGCGCCGUAAAGCGCGGUAAAAUCGCCGCCGCGGAGCUCUUCCGAACCUCUCCGCUGGACGACACCCCCGCCGGGUCCACCGAAGGCGGGAGCAAGGCAAGAUGGGGCUCCGGGCUGCAGAAGUGGGUGACAGAUCGCCUCAUCACUCGGAUAGUGGACUCGUUGCAGAUCCACGUUCGAGAGGUUCACGUGCGCUACGAGGAUCGGACCUCCAAUCCCAGCACCCCCUUCUACCUCGGCGCAACGCUAGAGUCCGUGUGGCUAGAGUCGACGGACCAGGGCUGGGAGGUGCAGCCUGGGCCUCGGUCCGGACCCAUCCGCCGCGGCGGUACGGGGGGUGGGGGUGAACCGGUGGUGCCCCCGAGAAACGGGGGGAGGAGGAACGCUGCUAGCGAGAACGGGAUCGAGGCGACGACCGGUGUCGCUUCUUCUUCUUCUUCGCCACGCGGCGACGGCGUUGGUGGCGAUGACCCCGCGAUGUCGUCGGGAGCGAGGGCGGUAGGGAACGGCGGCGGGGGCGCGGGCGGGCCGGGGGCGAGAAGCGGGAGCGGGAGCGGCGGCAGCAGGGGUGUCGUCGUCGGCGACCGGCUGGUGAAGAAAACGCUGCAGCUGAACCAGCUGGCGGUGUACUGGAACCCGGCGGAGAGUGGGAACCCUUGCUCGAUGGACCUGUCGGACAUUCCCGUCGACCAGGCAGAGGUGGUCAUCAGCAGGCUUAUCGCUAGGAAAGACGAUGAUGCCGGCGAGGCGGGGGCGGGGAACGGGCCCGGGGAGCCGCUGCGUCACCGCUACCUUCUAGAGCCAGUGGAUGCCAAUGCACGGGUGGCGCUGAGCGUCGACCCGAGUGAUCGGUCCCAGCCCAGGGUGCAGGCGCAGGUGGAGCUGGGAACAAUUUCUUGCCAGCUGGAGCACUUUCAGCUGCAAGGCGCCAUGUGCCUCGGAGCGUCGGUCGCGCGGUACGGAGAGGUCGGGAAGUACUUCAAGCACAGGCCGGAAGUGCCAGUGCUGGAGGACCCCGCGGCCUGGUGGCGCUUCGCGUUCGCCGUGGUGGUGGACAAGCUCAGGGCCGACGGCUUCUCUCAUAGCAGCAGGUUCCCGGACAUGGCGAAGCGGCGGAGGAUGAGACUCGAGUACAUGCCGCUGUGGAAGAAGGCUCUGGGGUUGUCGUCCGCUGCUGCAGGCGGUAGUAGUGCCGGUGCCGGCGGCGGCGGCGGUGGUAGCGACGGGGGCGGUGGCGGCGGCGGCGGCGGCGAUGGUGCGGAGUUGUGUCCCUCUCCUCGCUCCCCGUCUGGGUCGGUUCCGGCGUCUUCUUCGGCGGCGCCGUCGCCGUCUUUCGGCACAAACACCGCGGCGGAGGCGGAGGCGGUGCCGCCAUCGUCGGGAGGCGUCAGAGCUCCCAACGGGGUCGAGAAGGAUGGCGGUGCUGCCGCAGUCGUGGGCGGUGGCGCGGGGGUCGGCAGCAGCAGCAGCAGCAGCAGCAGGAGCGGGGGCGCGCGAGACGGGAGCGCCGAGCGGGAAGAGCCGUUGACCCCCGUUGAAGAGCCUUAUGAAGACGAUGAUGAUGCAGAUGCGAAGGACAAGGCCAGGCUAGAGGCGCUCGAGGAGGAGCUGUCGUUCGAAGACAUCGUCAUAUUUCGGGCGAUGGCCGAACGGGAGGAUGCCUUGCUGCGCGCUGGGAGAGAAAACCACCACCGCAACGGCGGUGGCCGAGAGGACGGCGGCGGUGACGGCGGGAACCGCUGGGGUAUCGGCGGCUGGGUGAGCUGGGCCAUGCGCGCCGGCACCGGCGCAGACCGUUCCGGGGAUCGGUCCUCCGCGGAUCACGGCCCCGUGGGCGCGAAGGCGAAGGACGCGGCCGCGGGCCCCGGGGCCGGGGCCGGGGAAGGGGACCACGGAGAGGACGAGAACUUCCGCCGCCUCUUUGCCGCCAUCGACUUCGACCCCUCCGCUCGCGCACCGCCGCCGCCGCCACCGCCGCCGCCGCCUAAUGCGGAGGGUGGUGGUGGUGAUGGUGCGGCGGGUUGGGGAGGGUGGUUGGCGAUCUCCCUUAAUUUGCGCGCUCCGGAGGGGUCUCUUGUUCUCGCCGGCGGCGGCUCCCGUGGCGGAGGUGAGAGCGAGAAGCUCGCGCGCUCGCUGCUGCUGCUGUCGUCGUCCUUGAGGCAGCAGCCCGAGCCCGCGGCGCCGCCGCCGUUCAUGGACGUCCGCUUCCGUGGGCUGGAGGUGUGCGCCGAGCUGCACGGGGAGGACAUGGACGCCGUCCUCGCUUCUGCGGCGUUGGACGACCUCGGGGUCUACGAGUUGAACGGAGGCGGGAGCACCGAGAAGCUUGGCCACUCGUCGCCGAUCGUCACCCGCCGAGCCUUGCCGGGGGGCAGUGCGGGCGGCGUAGGCGUAGGAGGAGGAGGAGGACCGUCUUAUAUUUCGUCGUCGUCGCUCGCGCCUCUGCAGCAACAACGUCCUCCUCUGUUCGAGAUGCGCUUCGAGAUGAACCCGCGGGACGUUGAGUACGAUGCCAAGGUCUACCUCGCCGUUGAUCAGGUGGAGGCAGUGAUGUCGCCCACGGCUGGGUGGGUGCUAGACAUAGUGGCGUUCGCGCAGCCGCCGGAGACGCUGCAGCACCGGGCGACGCUCGAGCUCGCCGCCACGAACCAGCUGAAGAACCUGAGGGUGCAAGUCGAGUCUCGGCUGGAGAUGGCCAUGUCGGACCGUUUCCUGACCUUCCUCGACCUCGAUGUCAAGGCUCCCCUUCUCGUCAUCCCCGUCGACCUUAGCGGUGGCGGCGGGGGCCCCCGCGGACCAGAUCAGGACAAAAAAGAGGGGCGGGUGCAGCCCGCGGCGGAGGGGGGGGUGGCAGCAGCAGGGAAGAACGGCUUCGGAGUUCCCGGCGCCGGUAGCGGCGGCGGGUUCAAGAGGCAGCGCGCAACCGGAGAAAGCUGGCACGCAAAGUUUUACGACGUGUACAGGGUGGAGGUGCAUCGAGUCGGGGUGUUGCUGCUAGCGGGGAGGGGGAGCCGCAGCGGCGACUGGGGGGAGGAAGAAGCCGCCAAGCGCUGGCUCGUUAACCCCUUCGACGUAAAGAUGGAACUCCACCUGAGUGUUAUGCCGAACGACCCCAGCGUGUCGCAGCUCAAGGUCUACGGCGACCUUCCCAGGCUACACGUACGGCUGUCCCAGGACAAACUCCGUCGCCUGGCGAGAAUGUCCGUGGCGAUCGCCGCUCAGUCGGCGGCGCUGGCGGCCUCGAAUGCCUCGACGGCGGCGGGGGACGGCGGACCUUCGCCGCCUCCCGAAGAUGGCGGCCUGUCGGAGAGGGAUGACGUCGAUAUCCGAGCGGCCGCUGGCUAUAGCGACGUGAGCAACGAUGGCGGUGGCGGCGGCGGCGGCGGUGGCGGUGGCGGGAUGUCUAGCCUGGCGAGCUUUCUGGAGUUCCAGCGCUCGUUGAGCCAGAGGUUUGACCACCUUCACCAGCCCCGCGAGGGAUCGGCGCCCACCCCCGGCAAUGCCGAGGCGGCGGUAGCUCCGCUGGGGCGUCGUGAGCUUCGCCGUCUCCGCCUGAGCGACCAAGGCCUGGACUGGGAGGGGGGCGGGGGGCGGGGCUGGGGCGGCCGCGGUAGCAGCAGCGGCGGCGAUUGCGGUACGAGCGGCGGCGGCGGCGGCGGCGGCGACGACGACGAGUUUGCCUCUGCGUGGGGGGGAUCGUCUUGGGGUGGCGGCGGUAGCCUGGGGCGCAGCAGCAGGUCUUCCUCCUUCGUGUCCGCUGCCGGGAGCCUGGGCUCCAUGCACGACGACGGCGGUGGCGGCGGCGGCGGCGAUGGCAGGAUAUCGCGGACCGUGUCCGGGGAGUCCGAGUUCUACGACGCCGCGGACGGCGACGGCGAACCGCUUAGCCCGGAUAGGUGGGCUUAUGCCGCCGCUGCAGCUGCAGCAGAGGUAGCGAGGAAGGGGCCCGCGGCUCCGCAGCCGGGGGGAGAGGACACCGGCAGCGGGGAGGAGGGGUGGCAUGUGGGUGUGUCUGCUGAAGCGGCUGCUGCGAAGGAGGGAGGAGGAGGAGGAAGAGGCGAUGACUCUGAUGGCGAUGAUGACAGCUUGGACUUUCAGGAUGCUCGCGACCCGGUGUCGGAGAUGGAUGAGAUGCUCAUGGCGAAGGAAGCUGAAAAGGCAGAGCUGAUGAAACAGCGCCAGAAACUCCGAGGGAAGCUUGAGGACAGGGGUCUGGCCGGCGAUGAGCUGGAUAGAGUCAGGUCGGCCUCUGAGGAAGUGUCGCAAAGGCUAGAGGCUUGCGAGGAGGAGCUCAAGGACCUCGAGUCCGCGCUUGAGGAUGUAACGGAGGAGUUCGAACGGGCGGCGGAGAUGCUGGGGAUGGACAAUUUCGGCGGCGGAGUCGCUGGGGCGAGGAGAGAGGAGAUGAACGCCGACGCCGUCGUCGACGGCCCAGCGAAGGAGAACGGCGGCGCAAGCUUCACACCGCCGCCGUCGCCGCCACAGCAGUGCUUCCGCCCGGUGCUGUCUCCCCCGGGCCGAGAUAGUGGUGGCGGCGGUGGCGGCGACCCAGGUUUCCGGCUACCCGCCGGUCCUAACCGGGAGGUCAUCAUGUUCGGGCUGACGGUGCCGCUCAUUCAGGUGGACCUCUUGCAAGACAUGACCGCGCCAGCGUCGAGGGAGAAGAGAGACACGAGCGGGCGGGGCGGAGAUGUUGUUUUUCUUGCUGCUUCUGAGGGGGGAGAGAGCGACGGCGGCAGCAGCAGCAGCAGCAACAACAGCAAGAGGAAAGUUCGGCCGUCGGAUCAAGUCGUUGCGGGGUGGGAGGGAGAGGGAGAAGAAGAGGAGGUGGUCUCGCUGCGGCUUGUGGGGCUGGGCGUGCAGCUUCACAGCAAGUCUUACGGCGCGAGAUUCUCGUUCUCGAUGCAGGAUUUGGACCUUGAGGACCGCUUGCAAGAGUCCUCGAAGAAGCGUCGAGUGAAGACCGAGCGGAGUUUUGUACCGGACGACGGCGCCGCCGCCGUGGUGGUGGUAGGCGAAGAAGAAGGCGAGGAGCCGAAGGCUAUGGAGGAGGAGGGCGUGCCCUCGCCGCCGGACUCGCUACCGCCGACGCGGGACGGCGGUGGCAGCGGUGGCGACGAAGACGGUGAGCGGGCGGCGGCCGGGGACAUGGCGACCACGAGACCCCGGCUGUGCCUCUGGCAGAGGCGCGGCGGGGGUGACGGUGGGUGGACCGCCGCCGGGGGCGGCGGCGGCGGGCCUCCCGCUCGGAGGAGGGAGGUGACCUUCCGCGGCGGCGAUGACCACAACGAUGGCAAGCUGUCGACGACUCCAGCUGAAGCUUUGGAGAGAGAGAAAACGGGUGGCGGCGGCGGGGUGGGGGGAGGAGGACGGGUCGGGGGGAGCGAGGGGUUGGGAUGCGUGCUGAGGCCGGACUUUAUCCAGCUAUCGUACGCCAUGAAAAAGAGCCCCGUCCGCGGCGGCAGAAGUGGGUCGCAACGGAGUCAGGAGAGCCACCGCGUGAAGCUCCUCCUCGGGGCCAUCGAGAUCGGGCUGGAGCAGGAGACCCUCCUGGCGACCGCGAGGGUCCUAGCUUCUUUCUCGACGGAACAUGAUGAUGAUGCAGCCGCCGCCGUCUUGCCGCCGCCGUCUGGUUCCGCACGGGCAACAACGUCCCCUCCCGCUACCGCUGCUGCUGCUGCUUCAGAGCGAAGCUGCUUGGGGCAACGUCCUCCUGCCGCCGCGGCCUCUGCCGCAUCGCCGCCGCCUGCCGACGGCGGGAUUGGCGGCGAUAAUGUCGGGGGCGGCGGCGACGACGGCGGGGGUGAGGUUUCGAUGCCGAUGCUUCCGCCGGGGAUGUCCGUGUCCAUCGUGGUGGACCUGGCCGCCGUGAGCGUUGCGCUGACGGAGGCCGGGGUCAACGUCGCUGCUGUGGCGCUCAGCGCCGCGCACUGCAAGGUCAACGUUGGGUUGGAGGUGUGCGACUGCGAGCUAGGCGUCCCACUCGACGGUGGUAUCGGCGCCGACGGCGGCAGCGGCGGUCUAGACGGCAUCAUCGCCGGUCGGGCGGGCAGUCGGGUUGCCGCUAAACUCGGCCUCCUUUUGACAGACGUGACGUGGACGGCACCCGCCGUCAGGCCCGCCGCCAUCACCGAAGCAAGCGGCGGUGGCGGUCCGGGGGGGAGUCUCUCCGUGGAAACGCUGGUGUCUUCGGCCGUGGUCAAGCUGGAACCGGAAGGGUUUAACUUGUUGGAGGCCGUGCACGCUCGAGUGCUGGGCAGGUUCCCGCUGGGGGCGACAGGAGCGGCAGACCCUGCUGCACCACCAACCGGCGGCGGGGACGGCGGCGGCCACACCGGCCCCCCUCGGGACGACGACGACCUCGCGGAGAAAGCACGGGAGAGGUCGAGCCGUGGCGAUGAUGCCGUUGCGGCGGAAACCCUGCUUCUUCCCCCGAGACCCGUCCUAUCGCGAGGCCAAGGCGGCGGUGCCGGUGCCGGCGUCGUUGCCGGUGCGGGCGGCGGCGUCUCGGAACGUCCCCAGCUUGGGGUGGCAGUGUCACCGGUUCGGUUCAACCUCACGGAGCUCCACAUGCUCGGUCUCGCGCGAUUUGCGAUGGACGCUUCCGCCCGGCUGGCUGUUGUUUUCGCCGGGCCUUCUUCUCUUUCGCCGCCGCAUGUUCUUUGUUCACAGCAUGGUGAGAGCACCACCGCCGUGGUAGCAGUAGACUCGGCGACCGACGAGCCUGAGGGGGAACGACUAGCGUCUGCUUCGGUGGAGGGAUCGCAGGCGGCGGCAGUAGCAGCAGCCGUAACGGAAUCCGCUGAUGCCGGUGCCGUUGAUGUCACUGCUGGGAGCAACAAGAGCGACCAGGCGACGGCGGUGGCAAACGGUCGGGGUGCGGCGGCACCAUCCCCUCCGCCGCCGGAAGGAGACCGGAACCCGCCGCAGGGUUUCAACGACGCGCCCGCUGUUUCCACCCUUCCCCGGCACCAGCUUGCCAACGGACCGCCGCGCAACAACGACGCCACGCUUGGCGAGGGCGACCGGCAGCACGCGGGCGAGGGGGUGGCGACAUCAGCGGCGGCGGUAACGACGUCUGCGCCUGAGACGGUGGCGGCGGCGAAGGCCCCACCUGUCCCGCCCGCGUUCCUCGGGACGUUCAUCGUUGACGCCAUCAGCGUGAUGCUGCUGGAGGAGGGGGGGGAGGACUCAGGUCGACGCACCGGCGGCGGCCGAGCGACGGCCGCGGGUGCUCUUCCCGCCGGUGGUGGCUACCCCGAAGCGAGGGUCAACGGGGUCGCGCGAAAGCACCCAGCGCCUGCUGACGGAGCGGCGACCGACACCGCCGCGCCGGCCACCCGCCGCCGCCGACGCGGCGGGGGUGGCGAAGAACGACAUCGGGGCACAAGAGCGGCUGCGAUCCCCGGGACUCGGCACUUCUGCUACUCCGGCUUGGUUUUCCUUGAGGUCGAAGGAAUCGGUGCCGCGGUCGACGUCCCUUCGCCCGGGGCGGCGGCGGCGGCGGCCCAGUCUUCGCCGGUCGUGCAUACGGCUGCGGCCGUAGCGGCGGUGGUGGUGGGCAGUGCACCAGACGAACAGGGCGGCGGUAGAGUAGAUCAGCAGCAGGGGCAGCAGCACCAGCAGCACCAGCAGCAGUAUCGAGCAGAGUUUGCCAUCAAGAGGAUUUCGCUGACGGACGUGAGCGAUAGAAGGCGCCGGCUGGGCGCACUCGCCAAGCUUGUCAGCGGCGACGAUAUUGCCGCCCGGGCGGCUGCCGCCGAAGGUGGGCCAGGGCCAGCGGCGGGCAGCGCGGAAGGGGGCGAGGACGGUCGCCGCCGAGAGAACGGUGGCGGUGACGAGUUGCGGGUUCUCCCCGCGGGUUGGUGGCGGCAACCCCGCGGGACCGAGAGCGGGUGUGAACGGCAAGAGGUGCACGACGGCGGCGGCGGGUACGACGAACAGGUGCUGCUCCGCGCGCGCGUGUGCCCGGUUUCGGGCACGGCGACGGCCGACGCUCGCCUGGCGUCCGGGCGCUUCGUGUUGCUGGCGGCGCCCCUGUUGGACGUCUUCGGCGCGGUGGCCGGCGUCCAAAGAGGACUCGCCAGGGGUCCUUCUUGUAGAGCAGAGUCGGGCGUUGUUGCUGCUGCUGUGGAAAGCGAGGAGAGUAGUCUCGGGGUUAGAGGCGGCGGUGAGGAUGGCAAUUCGACACGAGUAGACGAGGCAUCGACGGCCGGGGGGGUUCGGCCAGCAGACGAGAGGCUGCUGCGGCCGUCGGCGGCGAGCUCGCCGCCGCCGCCACCGCGGCAGGAGGAGGGCCGCAGCGGUGAUGCCGCCACGGGUAUCCCCGAACAGGAAGAAGACGGGCUCGGCAAUAACUGGCGGUGGCAGGCGUCUCGCGCGCUGAGCGACGCCGGCCUCGCCGAGAUGCUCUGGCUGCGACGAAUCGACGUGUCGGCGUCCGCUCACGACCUGCAGCUGUGGCUUCCCGGCGGCGCCUCGGAGGCGGCGGCGGUGGACGGGGAGGCCGGCGUGGAAGCCAUUGUUGCGGCCUGCGGGCGCUGUCACGCGGCCUUGUCGAUCGCGGUGGGCUUGGUUGCCGAGGGCCCGGCGGGGGCAGUGUCGUCCGUUGAGCGCUCCCGUCGUGCCGCUGGUCCGCCGACGACCCCACCCCGAGCGGCGGCGCGAGGGGACUUCCCGCUGGCGACGUGCAUCAUGACGAACUCGCUUGGACCGCUGCUGCUCGCCGGCGGCGGCGGCGGCGGCAGCGCGCCGGCAUCAUCAACGAAGGUGUCCUCCAGUCCCGGGGCGACGGCGGCAGCGGCGACGGACGGGGCGGCAAGCACACCCCGCUCCCUGUCGCACGGCGGCGGCGGACGGGGCCCCGGCGAAUCACCAGCGGGUGCGGUCGCGACUUCUCUUCCUGUUCCCCCUUCUACCGCAGCACUACCGUCGGCGACUGCAGUGUCGGAGCUGGCGACGAUGUGGACUUGCCGCGGCCGGUUUCAGGCGGCGGGCGCGAGGAUGAAGAUCGUGAAUAACUUCUACCGUCAGAAGAGGCCUGCCGUCGUCGUCAAGGCUGUGAAGCGUAUUUUUUUCCCCGCGGAAUGCCGCCUUUGGUGCUACGACAUAUCCGAUUGGGCCGAACUCAAAGGGAGAAAAACAGAUGAGCACAGAGACAAGACGGUCCCGGCGGUCACGGGGGAGCUGACGGCGUCGGGCGCCGCUCGGAGCCUUCACGGCGCCGUCUCGUUCAAGAUAGAGUCCGACUUCUACAACGCCAGGCUCAUGGCGUGGGAGCCCCUGGUGGAGCCGUGGGGUGCUAGGGUGGAGCUCGAGGUUGGCCUUGGCGGCGCCGGCGCAAGGCGAAGCACCGGGCGGCAGGAACCGCCGCCGCCUUCUUCGUCGGCCGACCGGGCGGGGAGGCUUUCUUCCCCCGGACACCACGGGAGAGGGAGAAGAAACGGCCGCGACCGCGGCCGCGGCGGCGGCGGCGGAGGCCGCGGUCGCCAGCUGCAAGGGCUGGCGCGACGGCUGUCGACCCACGGAGCGCCUUGGCGCCAGCAGCAGCAACGGGAGUCGACGACGGGAGGCCUCGAGAGGGGGUCCGCGAGUGCGGAGGGGGGGCGGGGGAACAGGGCCACGGGGGGGUCGGGGGGGGUAUUCGUUGGCGUGAGAUUCGUGUCUGAAGACGUCCUUAACCUCAACCUCACGGAAUCGCUCGUCGAGAACCUCGCCGCCAUCGCGCACGCCCAGCAGCGGCAGGGGGAGUCGGAGAGGCAAGGCCGCGGUUGGGCCCGCGCUACCGCUGCCGGCGGCGGCACCGGCACCGGCGCCGGCGCCGGUGACAACUCCUUCUCGCUCCACUGGCUCCGCAACGAGACCGGCCUCCCCGUCGUUUGUUCGGCCCACUACCGCGAAGCCCGUGGCGGCGGCGGCGGCGGUGGCGGUAGUCUUGGUUUGACCGACGGCGAGGAUGAUGCCGAAGCGACGACGGUCCCCGUGAAAGUGCCGGUCGGCCAAGAAGCACCGGUGGCGGCUUCGUUGGGCCGGCCCGUUCGCGCGGUAGUCUUGGAGCUGGAGGAGAAGGGCGGGGAAAGGGAGGAGGAGGAGGAAGGGGCGACGAGCUGGCGGUCGCUGCGGCCGAUCGCUCUGGACGUUGCGGGCGGGCAAAGCUGGACGUGGGCUGCGCGAGCCUUGGCGGCGGCGCCGGAAGACGUGGCGGCGGUGGGAAGGAAAGGAAGGAAAGGAAGGGAGGCCGUGAAAGUGGUGACGGAAGUGGAAUCUUAUCGCGGGGUCAAGAUGCUGCGCAUCCGGAGUCUGGUCGAGGUUGCGAACGGCAUGGGCGGCGACGUGUGCCUGCACGUGGGGCUGGUCGGAGAGGAGGAGGCGCCGGGAAGCAGCAGGAGGAGGCGCAGCCGCGGAGCCCCACGUUCCGGUUCCCGGUUCGAGUGGGAGACGAUGGUUUUGCCCGGUCGAUCGUGCCCGGUCCCCGCUACGCUAGCGGCGGCGGUGGUGGAAGGACGGAAGCUACUCGUCGUCAGGCCGGUCUUACGCCGCCGCCGCCACCGCCGCGGCUCCGGCCGCCACGACCAGCCACAACCAGGGGGGUCGUCAGACGCCACCACGGGAAGGCUGCCUGACCAGUCCUCCUCCUCCUUCUCCUCCUCCUCCUCCUCCUCCUCCUCCUCCUCGGGGAGUGAUGAUGGCCUUUCUUCUUCUGCUGCUGCUGCUGCUGCUGCUGCUUCGUCGCCCGGUGGCCACGGCGAGCGGGGGGCGAAGGCCGUUUCGGAAGCGGGCGUAGUGGCAGAAGAGUUUCAAGAGGCACUCCUCGUCCUACCCGACCGGGAAGAAUGGGGGCUCCGCGAAGAUACCACCGCGGACAGGACUGCGAGCUACCACCGCACCCUCGAGUUCGCCCCCGCGGGCCCCCCGCAACCCGGGAGGACGGGGCCCGUCUUCUGCGGGGUUUCCGUUGCCAGGAAGGCGUCGGCGGCGUCGGCGGCGUCGGCGGCGCCGAAGACCGGCGCCGGGAACGGCGCCGGAGGGAAGAGCGUCGGGGGUGACGGAAGCGGCGGAGACCGGGCCGCCGCCGCCGCCGCCGCUGGCGGGGGAGGGGCGGGGGAAUGGGCGUGGUCCGACACGAUCGAACGAGGGGACGAAUUGUCGUGGCUUCACUGUCCACCGGACGAAGAGGUGACCGCGGCCGUCUACCUGGAGGGGUUCGGGUGGAGCAAAGACUUCGUACUGCCGCUCCCACCGCCGCCGCCACUCAGAAUAGGGGGGGGCCACAUUGCGCUCCUCUCGGUCCUCCGCCGCGCUACCGAACGACGCCCUCACGGACGCCGAAAUCGCCGCUGCCGCCGGAGGGGCUGCGGGCGCAGACCAGCUGCCACCGCCGCCGCCGCCGCCGGCAGUGCCCUGGACAACGGCGCAGAGGAACCUCUGGCGCAAGCGGCGGCUCGGCGGCGGUGGAGGCCUGGUGGUCGGCGGCGGCGGCGGGGUGGAGGAGGCAGCAGCGGUCCCGCUGCCGUAACGACGGAGCCGGCGACGGGCGUGGCGGGAGCGUCGGCGCCGGCGAAGAAGCGGCAGGUGCGGCCAGAAGGGCUGGGGCUCAAGUUUCUGGUGCAGGAUGAAGAUGGAGAAGAGGGUGGCGGGCACUCUGCUGGUUCGGGGGGGGAGGAGGGGCGGGGUGAUGAUGCGGAGGCGCCGGGGGCACGGCUGUCCCCGCAAGGACAAGGCGUCGACGAAGGCCCUCUGUUGCGACCUCUCAUGUUGUCGUACACUAUCCCAGAGGAGCAGCAGCACAGGCGCGUGCGAGUUCGCUUGGAAGGGUCUCCAUGGUCCAGUCCCUUCGCCCUGGAUCAGGGUGGCAGCAAUGACGUGCUAGAGGUCAGCGGGAGGCCAAGGGAGUCGUCGGCGACGGCGACAGCGGCGGUGGAAGCAGCUGCGCCGGCAGGGCUUGUCUCGAAGCAGAAGCACCAGCACCAGCACCAGCACCAGCACCACGCGCCGAAGCUCGACCAAGCGCAAGAACAAGGGUUGAGUUGGGGUGCGGCCCGACGUCGGCGGCGGCGAGAGGAUGCGGCGAGGCAGGCGUUCGCGGUAGGGGUCAGCAUCAAGGCGGCCCCUGCGCCGUUUGAUCGCACGAAGGUGGUAGCGCUGGCUCCGCGCUACGUCAUCGUCAACGCGACGGGACGGUCGAUACAGGUCCAACAGGCAGGGUCGCCCGCGGGCGUGGAGCCCCUGACGGUCGGCAGCGGUGGUCAGGCGGCGUUCCAUUGGCCUCAAGCAGGCGCCGGCAGCGGCUGGUUCGGGGGCACCGCCGCCGUCGGAGCAAAGAACCGUAGGAUGGUGCUUCGGUUCUGCGGCGGGGGCAGCGGGGACGGAGAGGGGGGCUGGGACUGGUCCGGCGAGAUCCUGCCCGAGGGGGCGGGGGUGGCGGGGUGUGUGGGGAGAGGGGUCACCACCCUGCGCGUGAGGAACAGGGUCACCAGAGAGGUGGCGUUCGUCCGCGUCGGGACGUCGCUCAAGCGGUCCUCUGUGCACCUGGUGUUCCGGAACGAGCUGCCGUCGUUCUCUCCUUAUCGAAUAGACAACUUCACGCACGAGACCCUGACACUGCGGCAGGUCGGUGGAACGGCGGUGGAAGCUCUCCUGCCCCGCCAGACUUGCACCUACAGCUGGGACGAGCCGCUGGGAGAGCGGUCGCUGAUCGUGGAGAGGUUGCUGGUGGAGGGGUACCUCGCGCCCGCCGCGGCCGCCGCUGCCGUUGCGGCCGGCGGGGGGGUCGGCGGCGGUGGCAGCGGGGAUGCUGCCCCCCGCGCCUUCGUCGGGGUGUACGGCUUGGACCUCGUGCGGCCGCCCACCGUCGCGGGCAACAUGAGAGUAGGUAGGCAGGGCGAGGGUCGAAGGAGGAGCGGGGUUGUUAAAGAGUUGCGGUGGAACAGCGAGGCACUUAAAGAGGUAUCGGUGUCGCGUUUCGCGGCCGAUAUUCCGUGGUGGCGAGGAGAGGAGGGCUUCUCUCAAGGCUACAACCAACCGCCGUGCUCUGAACUAAAGUGCACGCUUGAGGAGAUGACCGCGGAAGGACCUACCCGCGUGCUGCGGUUCACGGACGCCCGCUUCGCAUCGUCCUUGUCUACGAUUCGCCAGCGGAAGUGUCGCGGUUGUGUGUUUUUAAGAGUUGUGGCGGGGGUGUUGCAUGAGGGCCUUGUCCCCUUCCCUGGCUGGGCGAGGUCAGGACAGCUGAGAAGGGAGUUGCUGUACCUGACGGUGGGGGACAUCACGCUAGACUAUCUUCGGGAAGGGCAGAGCGAACGGGUGCGUGCGAACAUCGGCAAGCUCCAGAUCGACAACCAACUGGUGGUGACCCCUUACCCGGGACUCUUGUACCCGAUCGUCGAGGCCCUGCCCCCGCGGCACAGGGCCGUGAGGCGGCACCCUUCAGCGUCGGCGGCGACCCCGGCGACGCCGGCCGCGGUGCCGUUCGCGGCUAUGUUCGACAUUGGCGGCAUCGGCGCUUCGGGCUUUGGCACCGCGGGGAGGGAGGACGUGAGGGAGCGAGACAGCGGCGGCGGCGGCGGUGGCGGCGGCCAGGCAACAUCAACAACAACAACGACGGCCGCGGCGGCGGCGGCGACAGGGAGCUGCUUCGAGGUGAUCCUGCACCGCGACCUGGGCUACGCCUGGGUGAACUUCGUCCGCCUCGCCUCGGUCCGCCUGGCUCCCCUGGACGUGAACAUCGACGUCGCUCUCGUCGCAGCCUUGGCAGAAACGGCCAGCAGGGUCGCGGACCUCAUGGCCGAGGUCAACCCUGCCAGCAGUAGCAGUAGCAGUUCGGUGGGCGUAACGGUUCCGGGGGGAGGGAUAACGCGAAGGAUGUUGAACGUACCCUACCCUGCCGAGAGUGCUGCCGAGGCUGCGGCCGAGAGUGCUCUUGCGGACAAGCUUUACUUCUCGGAGCUGGCCAUCAGCCCCAUUCGGGUGCAAGUUUCUCUGACCAGCAGAUCUGACGGAGUGCUCCAACACCUUCGGCCACCGCCGCCGGGAAGCCCUGUCAACGCGGCCGCCGGGGGCGGCGGCGGCGGCGGCGGCGGCGGUGCGAUCUUGUUUGCGGUGCUGCGGGCGAUGGGGACGACCAUGAGCGAGAUCGACAACGCACCCCUCCGCCUGAAGGCUUUGGUGCUGUCGCACGCCUUCAUUACCAACCCCGACGAGCUUGUACAGAUACUCGUCGCGCAUUACCGUGGGCAGGCCGUGCGCCAAGUGUUCAGCCUGCUAGGGAGCUCCAAGGUUCUCGGCAGCCCGCUGGGUCUGCUCUCGAACUUGCAGGCAGGGGUCAAGGAUUUCUUUUACGAGCCGAUCGCCGGGCUCAGCCGCAGCCCCUUCGGCUUCGCCACCGGGUUGUUUAAGGGCACGUCGAGCCUCGUCCGGCGCACCCUGUACUCGGUCACCGACACCACGGACCGCAUCGUGUCCUCGGUUUCCUCCGGCAUUCUCGCCUCCGGUGCGGUCGACGUGUCUGUUCGCGGCGGAACUGGUGUCGUCAGGCCCUUCGGCGCCCUCGAUGGCGUGAUGCUAGGGGUGGCGGGUGCCGUGCGCGAGCCGCUGAUGGGGCUGAGCCUGGGCGGUUUCUCGGGCAUGGCCACGGGGCUCUUCACGGGGUGGGUGGGUCUGGUCCUGAGACCUACCUACGGCGCCCUCAUGUCCACCUCUCAUCUGUGUCACUUCGUGUCCGGGCAGCUGGACCCCCGGCUGGACAGCGAGCAGAAGCUGCGCAUGCUGAGGACCCGGCCACCAAGGUUCUUCCGCUCUCGCGAACAGGUCCUGUCCGUGUACUCUCGGUCGGAGAACAUCGGGGUGGAGCUCCUGUCGCGGGUCCACAUGGGGAGGUACCGCUCGGACGGCUACGUCUGGCACGCCGCCAUCGAGGACAUGAUCGUGCUCGUCACCGGCCGCCGCGUGCUCAUGCUCCACGGCGACGGCGGCGUCAAGGGCAGCGCCGCCGACACCACCACCUCCUCCUCCUCCUCCUCGAGGAGGAGACACACCUACGGUGUCGUGGAGUGGGAGGUCGACUUCAGACUCGUGGUCUGGCUCGAAAUCGGCGGCGGGGGAGGUGGGGCGGAACCGCUCCCCCCCGCUCCGGCCCGCAAGCCCCGAGCCAGAGGCGGCAGCGGCGGCGGCGAUGGCGUUGGCGGUGGCUCGGAGGAGUCUGCUUUGUCCAUCUACCACUUCCCGGACUUGGCGGCCGAGCCCAGUGGCAAAUGGGGUGCUGGAGGUGGACGGAGAGGAGGGGGAGGAGCAAGCAACAGCUCUGCCGUUGCGGCGAUAAGGCUCGAGCGGCGUGUGGUGGCGUGCGUCGACCGCGGGCAGGCGCUGCAGAUUCACGGGGUGCUCUCGAAGCAGGUCUCCGCCCACGGCUGCUGCUUGGCCCCUUCGACUCGACCAAUAGGGGGGGCCGAAUCUGACGGCGAUCAAACGGUCGGGGUCUAG